AAGAAAGUGUGUGGACACAGUGAAAUGAACACCCUGAAACGAUCGCUUGAUGUUUUCAAAUUACAAACAGAAAGUGUGAGUUUGUCCCAUCUGCAUUUGGCCCAAACCAUGAGGGAGGAAGCAAAGAAAUUAGAAGACUUCAGAGAGAAACAGAAAGAGGCCCGGAAGAAGGUAGAACAGCAUAUGGAUACUCUUCAUAAGCAGAAGGCCGCUCAAUAUAAGAAAACGGCUGAGGCGAAGAAGACUUAUGAGCAAAAGUGUCGAGAUAAAGAGGAAGCAGAACAGAACAUGAACAGAAACGCCACCACUAGCAGUUCCAAGCAGCAAGAAAAG